CAGUGGCUUUGAUCUGGUCGUGUUGUUUCCGGCUGUGCCUCCACCUGAAGAAGCUCCGACAUGUCUCCUCUCGCCCGGUGGCUCCGCAGCGGACCCGCGGGCUCCCGGCAGCUGUGGCGCCGCAGACACUUGGGACAGCUCGUCCGUUUGUCUCCGGACUCGAACCCGUUCCGCUGCAGCUCGUCCGCCGCGUUCCCCCCGUACACACAGCGUCCAGCCCGCAGCGGCUCCAGGGAACUCACCGGCUCUGUGAGGACCGAGCCGGUCCGGAUCGGCUGUGCUUCCGGGUUCUGGGGGGACACAGCGACCUCAGUGCCUCAGCUGAUCUACAGCGGGAAGCUGGACUUCCUGGUGUUCGAUUACCUCAGUGAGAUCACCAUGUCGCUGCUCACCGCCGCUAAGGCCAAGAUGCCUAAUCUGGGCUACGCUCCGGAUUUCGUCCACGUCGCUCUGGCUCCGUUCAUUAAUGACAUCCACAGGAAAGGGAUCCGUGUCGUCAGUAACGCAGGAGGCGUGAACCCUCUGGCGUGCGCCGAGGCCAUACAGGAAGUCAUCAAGAAGGCGGGCCUUGACCUUAAGGUCGCUGUGGUUACCGGCGAUGACCUCAUGCCCCAAAGAAGCAGCCUCGCUGAAGUAAAGAUGGCCGACGGCGGCAGCAGACAGCGGUUACCGAAAGCGCUCCACAGUAUGAACGCGUAUCUCGGAGCUGCUCCGAUCCGGCGGUGUCUCGACCUCGGGGCCGACAUCGUGGUGACGGGACGCUGCGUGGACAGCGCCGUGGCUCUGGGGCCGCUCAUGCACACCUUUGGCUGGCAGAGGGACGACUAUGACCUACUUGCAGCUGGGAGUCUUGCAGGUCACCUGAUCGAGUGUGGCGCUCAGAGUACAGGAGGAAUCUUCACCGACUGGCACAAAGUUCCUGACUGGGACAACAUGGGUUUCCCGGUCGUCGAGUGCUCCAGGGACGGCUCCUUCGUUCUCUCCAAACCGCCCAAGACCGGCGGCCUGGUCUCCUUCGGCACGGUGGCCGAGCAGCUGGUGUACGAGAUCGGCGACCCGCGGCGCUACCUGCUGCCCGACGUCAUCUGUGACUUCAGCCAGGUGGCCAUCAAGGAGAUACCAGGUGUGGAGGGAGGGGCUGUCAAAGUGACCGGUGCUAAAGGCUUCACUCCGUCACAUGACUACAAGGUGUGUGCGACCUACAUGGACGGCUUCAGGGCGACGGCGGUGUGUCCGGUCGGAGGGCCGAGGGCCGCGGAGAAGGCCAGACGGACGGCGGACACCAUCAUCAAACGCACGAAGCGGAUGUUCAAGCAGCUGGGAAUGGAAGAUUUCAGCUCCGUCAACGUCCAGGUCCUGGGAGCUGAGGACACUUAUGGUCCCAACGCUGACACCCAGGGCUCCAGAGAGGCAGUGAUUUGGAUGGCUGUCCACCACAAACAGAAGAAGGCUCUGGAACUUUUUGCCAGAGAAGUAGCUCCUGCAGGCACCGGCAUGGCUCCGGGACUCACCGGCAUCGUGGGCGGACGUCCCAGAGUGUCUCCUGUUCUCAAGCCGUUCUUCUUCUUGCACCCGAAAUCUGAACUCAAGGCCGACAUUCACGUCGACGGACAGUUGGUGGAGACGCUUUCAGAGGCGGAGCUAGAAAAACCUGAGCUGGAGGCCCCUCCCACCACAGCAGACGACACGCCCGAGAGAGACCUGCCCAGUGGACGAUACAGCUACAGACUGGAGGAACUGGCCUACACGAGGAGCGGAGACAAAGGAGACUCAGCCAACAUCGGCGUCGUCGCUCGUCAUCCUCUUUUCUUCCCGUACCUGAAGAAACACCUGACGUCCGCGGUGGUGGAGGAAUAUUUCUCGCACCUCCUUCAGCCGGGGGUCGCCAACGCUGUCACACGAUUCACGCUGCCGGGGAUCCACGGCCUCAACUUCGUGUUGCAGAGUUCACUGGGUGGGGGAGGGGUGGCGUCCCUGCGCAGCGAUCCCCAGGGUAAAGCCUUCGGUCAGAUGCUGCUGGACGUGAAGCUGAAGGGCCUGCCGGACCUCAAGUCACUGGUGGACUGAGAGACGUCUCCGAGCGGCGAAGAAGCUCCCGGCAAGAGAGGAAGACGAACGUGAGACACAGGAUCAUUCACAAUCACGUCCGAGAGACAAUAACCCAAUCAAGGAGAAGACAGUUUAGUUCAUACUGUGCAAUUUAACGCCAAACAGCGAAUCCAGUCCGUUUUAUUCACACGCAUUUGCUUCUGAGGGUUUAAGGAUCUGUACAACAUUUGAGAUUUGGCACAGAUUCACAGGAUUUGAACCACAAUGAGAAACAAAAGGGUGACGUCCAGGAAACUGUCAAACACGCCGCCACCACACCAUAAAUAAUUUUUAUGAGGGAAGCUUGAAUGUUCAGAUUCGACCUUGGAACGAGCAGUUCAGGAACAAAUGUGGGGUCCGUGAGAUGUGGCUGAAAGCUCUGUGGUAAAAGUUUAAAGAGGCUUCAGUUCACCAGGAGCAACCGGAACAGCUACAGUUGUUCUCUCACACAUCUCAAUUCAAAAAGAGACACAUCCGACCUCCGCUGCUACACCACUCAAAAGAAGAAGUUUCCAAGGAUCAAAUUAUAACUCACUUUUGCUACAGUUACAUCUGCCGUAUUUUACCUUUUCUAAACUAAUGAUCAAUUAAUCAAGAAAAUAACCAAUCGAUUGAAUCAGUAAUGAAAAUGGCCGUUAGCCGCUGCACUAGCUCAAAGCUCCUGAGCCGAAAGUUGAGGUUUCUCAAUUACUUCUUUCCAAACUAUUUCAGCCAGCGUGAAUACAAUGUCUGAGUAAAUCCGCUGCGGAGGAGCAUGUAAUGUGGUUAAAAGUUCCAAAACAUCUAUUAAAUAGCCCUUGAGGUGAAGAUGGUUUUGUCAACCGACAAUUAUUUUGUCAGGAUUUGAUCUUUGUAUUGAAAAGUGGUUGUUGACUGAGUAUGAAUCACAGGAUCCAAACUCCCAAACCCAUCUGAACAGACUGGUAAAUGGCUGCCUGCCACCAUGUGGAGGCUUUUCCAGCCCAGAGGGGGACAUGAUGAUGAUCUGGAUUUAAACUCCUCGCCAGCUUCAGGGAAAUUGCCCCUGACCUCCCACUUCCCUCCGAAGGGGAGUGGUGGUUUGGCUUUCCCUCGGAGGGUGAACAAAGGAUCCGCCCGGGCAGCGAGACGCUCCGUUCAGAUAUCAGAGGAGACACAUGCUCGCGGGCCUCAGGUCGACCGGGCCCGGCGCCUGGUUUCCCCACGGCGCGUUCACCUCAACACGACCGGGCUCCAGUGUUCGCCGCCCCGCAGGAAUGUGAGUCUCCUUCCACCAAACCGACUCUGUGGCCUCUGGUCUGUUUAUCUAUAAUUGCAAACAGGCCGAAGCUGCAGACGGAGUCGCUGCAGAGCUUCUGUCAUGGAUAGAAACUCAUCUUACCCACCUCCUCUGAAUCAUUCUCUCCCUUCCCCAGAUCCUCCUCCUCAUGCUGCUGCACUUUUCUCUCAUCAGCAGAAAUGUGGAACGUCUCCUCUUCCUCUUUUCCUCUUUGGAUUCUUAACCUCUCUUUGAUGUGUCCCCGACCUUUGACCUCUUCUGGUUCUUUGGGACUUUGAUGAUCUCUGUACCAAAAAGUAUUUCGUCAAUGGGACGAUUCCAAACAAGAAAAGGAAACCACAUUAAACGUCUUCCUCAACCAAUAAAUAAACAGUUUUCUUCCUGACAGACAGACAGACAUUCAUUGCAACACGACUAAUCUUCACAGACGUGAAUUGGAACCAGAGUUUAACGAGUGUAAAUCAGGCCAAUGAAAAAGAAAUCACACGGGAAAAAUAAAAAAACCCAUCCAAACCACUUUUGGAUUCAACUGAAGAGAUCAGAUGUGAGGUGUUAAAAUCAAAGCUGGGAAUUCCAACUCAAUUCCAGUUUCAAUUAAAGUCCCGAGUCACCACUUUACAUGGAAAAGAAACUCACGCCUCCAAGAUGACAAAUGAGGUUCGAGAGAAAAAUGCUGGAAUUUACAUCUGUCCUGCAUAUUGUUGCUUCCCAAAACUCCAACCCCGUGAUUCCCAGGGAACAUUGUGUUUUGUUAAUUAUUUGUCGAAACUCUUCAUCAUUGUGACAUAGCAAUUUUUGCAACCCCGCCC